GGGGAGGUGGAGAAGGAGGAGGAGAAGGAGGAGGGGGGACAGGGCCGGUGGCGGCUGUAAUUAGGGGGAGAAAGGGCCCGCCAUGUCGUACGUCUUCAUCAAUGACUCCUGCCAGACCGGAGUGCCGCUGCUGCAGGCCUGCAUCGACGGCGACCUCACCUACGCCAAACGGCUGCUGGAGAGCGGCUUCGACCCCAACAUCCGCGACGGCCGAGGCCGCACCGGGCUUCAUGUGGCCGCCGCCCGGGGCAACGUGGACAUCUGCCGCCUUCUGCACAAGUUCGGGGCUGACCUGCUGGCCACUGACAACCAGGGUAACACCGCCCUGCACCUCUGCGGCCAUGUCGACUCCAUCCAGUUCCUGGUCUCCAACGGCCUCAAGAUCGACAUCUGCAACCAUCAUGGUGCCACCCCACUUGUUUUGGCAAAACGUCGAGGAGUAAACAAAGAUGCCAUCAAAUUGCUGGAGUCCUUGGAGGAGCAAGAGGUGAAAGGAUUCAACCGUGGAACUCACUCUAAACUAGAGAUCAUGCAGACUGCGGAAAAUGAGAGCGAGCAGGAGAAUCAGAACAACACCAUCAGAGGCUGGGAAACAGACCAUCAGCCCCUCAGUGCCAUGGAGAGCCACUCACUCCUGAAUCCGAAUCUUCAGAAUACGGACGGUGUCCUUUCUAGCUUCCGAUCCACCUGGCAGGAGUUUGUAGAUGAUUUGGGCUUCUGGAGGGUUCUGCUGCUCAUUAUUGUCAUCGCACUGUUGUCUCUUGGCAUUGCCUACUACGUCAGUGGCGUUCUGCCUUUUGUGGAAAACCAGCCUGAACUGGUGCAUUAAAACCUCAACACCAUCCAGUAUAACUGAGUUUGAGUUCUAUCCUUGCUGUCUACACUAGUAGUUGCGAAUGCUAGCAGACCUGUCAGCCUUUGGUAGUCAGCAUUCCAGUUAUUAAAGCUUUUUGCUACCAAAACACAACAUUCAUAGUCUUGGCAUCCAUUUUAAUAUUUUGGGCUUGAAUUCCAGUUGUUCUCACUUUGAUUACAGCCAAUAAAACAAAUUACUUUUGAGAAUCAUUACAUUAACAAAGUCUAGAUAUGCAUUUGAGCCCUGUUGUGAAAAGUAAUCUGAAGAUAGAGUUUCAAACUGAUGUGCUUAAAUUGUUAAAUGAAUAAUUUUACCAUUUAUUGAACUCCCUAUUUGUACUGUAUAGAGGUGAAAAUAUCUGUUGAAAUGUGCUUCUAUUGCCUAGGUCACUUCUUUAAGAAAAUGUAGUAAAUCACAUUCCUAUGUACAACUUGAAGAAUUUAGAAAUAUGCCUUCAUGUUUUAAGAUUAAUGCUGAUCAUAGUGAAGCAAUGACAAGUACAACAGAACACUGAUUUUAAUCACUGCGAUAUUUAAAAAUUGGUCAGUAAAAUUUAAAAGCCUUGAUCCAUGUCUUGUUUUGCAACUAAUGUUUUUUUUCAGUACAGACCUGCAUAAACCUACAUGUAGAACACAAAAUAUGCACUUUUAAUUGUAAUAAUGUAAAUUUUAAAUGUAUUCAAACAAAUUGUUAUACUCAGUAUAAUGCAGUAAAUACUAAUUACAUGAA